GUCUGUUUAAUGAGAAUUACAACAAAUUUCUUCACAACAACAGAAUAUUCUUAGAAAAUAUUCUCAUUAGCGAUCAUGUGAUGAAUUAUUGUUGCAUUCAUUGGAAAUUAAACCAAAUGUAAAAUAAAAAUAUUUUUGUAAAAUAUUUACAGAAUAUAAACUCAAUUUUAUUUGUGAUUCUGUGUUUGUAUUGUUGUGAAAGUUUUAUUAUUAAUACAACCACUAAAGCAAGUGAUGGGUUGUGGGGCAGCGAAAGCCGUACAAACCAUUGAAGACAAUACAAACAAUGCUAAUGAAAAUAAAGCCAAAUUGAAUGAACAAAAAACCGCAACCAAUGGUGUCAUCAAUAAUAAGGCUUCAAACGGAACCAACGGAACCGCAGCCGGACCUCGAAGAAUGUCCAGACCUAUGACACCGGUACCAAAACCGGUGGCUUUUGAGAUACCCCUCGACGACGACGACGACGGCGGCGGCGGUGAGAGUCCCAAACCCGCGACCGUUUCGGCGGCCGAACCGUUAAAAUUGCCGCCAAAACGGUUGCUAACGUUAGCCGAACAGCCGAUACAACACUUGUCGGCCAAACAAUUGACAGAAAAACAGAUGAAAGCGGAAGAAAAACGGCUCGAAUUGCUGUCGGAAAGGAAACUUCGAUGUCAUAAAUAUAAUGAAAAGUUUUUACUGCAAACUAAUAGCGAAAACCAAAACAACGAUUUAAAUAUCAUUAACGAUAGAGACGUCCCGACGAACGAGAAAAAGAAAAAAGACAUUUAA